CGUAUGCGCAGCAGCAGCAGCGCGCAAAAAUCGGAAUCGAAAAUUUCUAGUUUCUGUCUGGUACACACAGUCAAGACAGGCUGUUAAAUCGAGAAAGUGUUGGAAAAGUGGCAAAUAAAUUGCAGGAAAUGUGGCAAAAUUGAAAUCGUCUAUCUUACAAGUUGUGCAAAAUCAUUUUCAAACGGUAAACGUGCGAAUUUGUGCGACGAAAAUGCCAAGUUUUGUGUGAAAUCUCAAUUUACUUCAGCAGUUGCGGCGUUUAUGGGCUUUACAUCACGCUUCGGCAACCAGACGGAGACACGCAAGCAAUUGAAUUAAUAAAAGUGCAGCUAAUUGAAGUGCAAAAUAGUAGCGGCGACAAGUGAAUAACGCCUACGGCUGAACCGACAGCUGAUGAUGACAACCACAGUAACAACAACCAAUUUAAUAUAAUUGUAAUAAAAAAUAAUGAAGAAGACGCAGAAUUAACAGCACAAGGUGGUAAUAAAGUAGUGUAAAGUGGAGUCUAAGGUUAAUGAUACAAAUAAAACGUGCAGCAAACCUCGAAACAAGUGUGGUGAAGUGAACAAAAUUAAAUAGAAAACGACAAGAAGAAGCAGCAACUGACGCAUUUCGGCGUAGAUAAAAAGCGCCUCGCAUGCUUCACGGAAUUCAAUAAUUUAAUUAAGAUUUUAACUAAAGAUCUCAAUCAUUCCAUAUAUACAAAAAACCGUUAAAAACUUGACGCUAACGACAACAAGAAUCACAUCACUCUCAGCAAAUCGAAUUUCGCAAUCUCAAAUAUAUAACCAGAUGUACCGAAAAUGUAAAUAUUUGCCUGCAAAUCUUCAAAAUAUCUCAAAAGAAGAGUCACAAAGACGAAAAUGAUAAUCUAGUCGCAAAAGUCAAGCAGGAACUUGAUUCCUCUUGCAAAGUUUAAGCCAAAAAGACUUUUGGCUUUUGAAAAACAAACAUAUAACGGCAAAUUUUAGUUGUAAAUAAAUAUUUAGAAAAGAAUAUUACACGCUUAUUAAUUACUGUUAGUUGAGCAAAAAGUCGUCGGCCAUUCAAAAUGACGAAAAAGUACGAAUUCGAUUGGAUCAUUCCGGUGCCGGAGGAAUUGACCACCGGCUGCGUGUUCGAUCGUUGGUUUGAGAAUGAGAAGGAAACAAAGGAGAAUGAUUUUGAGAAGGACGCAAUGUUCAAAGUGGACGAAUACGGAUUCUUUUUGUAUUGGAAAAGCGAUGGCAGGGAAGGUGACGUCAUAGAAUUGUGUCAAGUUAGUGAUAUAAGAGCGGGAGGCGUGCCGAAGGAUCCGAAAAUUCUCGAUAAAGUGACAAAAAAGAAUGGCACCGAUAUGGUGGCCUUGGAUAAACGUUCACUGACAAUAUGUUCGAAUACAGAUUAUAUAAAUAUAACAUAUCAUCAUGUUAUUUGUCCGGAUGCAGCAACGGCAAAGCGCUGGCAAGAGGGUUUACGUUAUAUAACACAUAAUAAUAAGGCAACCAAUGUGUGUCCGAGAACUAAUUUAAUGAAGCAUUGGAUGCGCUUAUCUUUUUCGGUGGAAAAAGGUGGCAAAAUACCUAUUAAAGUGGUAGCGAAAACUUUUGCGUCCGGCAAAACGGAAAAGCUAGUGUAUCAAUGCUUUAAGGAAGUCGGACUACCGGACGAUAAGAGUGCCACCAUGACGAAGGAAGAGUUCACAUUCGAUAAGUUUUAUGCGCUGUACCACAAGGUUUGCCCACGCAAUGACAUCGAAGAGCUGUUCACUUCCAUCACUAAGGGUAAAUCGGAAGUCAUUUCGAUGGCACAGUUCGUACAGUUCAUGAAUGAUAAGCAACGUGAUCCACGUAUGAAUGAAAUUUUAUAUCCGCUCUAUGAUGAGAAGCGUUGCACGGAAAUUAUCAACGAUUAUGAAUUGGACGAAGAGAAGAAGAAGGCGGGUCAAAUGUCGAUGGAUGGUUUUAAGCGAUAUCUCAUGUCCGAUGAGAAUGCACCCGUAUUCUUGGAUCGCUUGGAAAUGUAUAUGGAAAUGGAUCAUCCAUUGGCGCAUUACUAUAUCAAUAGUUCGCAUAACACCUAUCUGUCGGGUCGUCAAAUCGGUGGUAAGAGUUCGGUGGAAAUGUAUCGGCAGACGCUAUUGGCGGGUUGUAGAUGCGUCGAGCUGGACUGUUGGAAUGGCAAAGGUGAAGACGAGGAGCCCAUCGUAACUCACGGCCACGCCUACUGUACUGAAAUUCUAUUUAAAGAUUGCAUUCAAGCCAUCGCCGAUUGUGCAUUUGUCUCCUCCGACUAUCCUGUUAUAUUAUCCUUUGAGAAUCACUGCAAUCGUGCGCAGCAAUAUAAAUUAGCUAAAUACUGUGAUGACUUCUUCGGUGAACUAUUACUAAAGGAACCGUUGCCCGAACAUCCGCUCGAUCCUGGUUUACCACUCCCACCGCCUAAUAAAUUGAAACGGAAAAUACUAAUAAAGAAUAAACGCAUGAAACCGGAAGUCGAAAAGGUCGAAUUGGAGCUCUGGUUAAAGGGUGAACUGAAGACCGAUGAUGAUCCGGAGGAAGAUGCCAGCGCCAAACCACCUGAUGCGGCACCACCACCAGAGGCUGCCGCCGCACCACCAGCGGGCGAGCCCGGCGCAGAUGGUGCUGCGCCUGAGGCGGAAGCAGCAGCGGUCAAUUACAGCGGCUCCACGACGAAUGUACACCCCUGGCUGUCAUCGAUGGUCAAUUAUGCGCAGCCCAUUAAAUUCCAGGGCUUCGAUAAGGCUAUUGAGAAAAAUAUCGCUCACAACAUGUCGUCGUUUGCCGAAGCGGCUGGCAUGAACUAUCUUAAACAGAGCUCCAUCGACUUUGUCAAUUAUAACAAACGUCAAAUGUCGCGCAUUUACCCGAAGGGCACACGCGCCGACUCUUCCAACUAUAUGCCACAAGUGUUCUGGAACGCUGGCUGUCAGAUGGUCUCGCUCAAUUUCCAAACCUCCGAUCUGCCUAUGCAAUUGAAUCAGGGUAAAUUCGAAUAUAACGGUGGCUGUGGCUACCUGCUCAAGCCGGAUUUUAUGCGCCGCUCAGACAAGGAUUUCGAUCCGUUUGCCGAUGCGCCCGUGGACGGUGUCAUUGCCGCGCAGUGCUCCGUGAAAAUUAUAGCCGGUCAAUUCUUGUCAGAUAAAAAAGUCGGCACCUACGUCGAAGUCGACAUGUUCGGUCUGCCCUCGGACACAGUAAAGAAAGAGUUUCGUACACGUUUGGUGCCUAACAACGGUUUGAAUCCCGUAUACAAUGAGGAUCCGUUUGUCUUUCGUAAAGUGGUGCUGCCCGAUUUGGCUGUGUUACGUUUCGGCGUCUAUGAAGAGAGCGGCAAAAUGAUUGGACAGCGUAUAUUACCGUUGGACGGUCUACAGGCCGGCUAUCGACACGUCUCACUGCGUACCGAAGCGAACUUCCCAAUGUCGUUGCCUAUGCUUUUCGUCAACAUCGAAUUAAAGAUUUAUGUACCUGAUGGCUUUGAAGAUUUCAUGGCCAUGCUGUCGGAUCCGAAAGGAUUUGCGGGCGCUGCAGCAAAACAAAAUGAACAAAUGAAGGCGCUGGGCAUUGAAGAACAGAGUGGUGGUGCGGCACGUGAUGCAGGCAAAGCCAAGGAAGAGGAGAAGAAAGAACCACCACUGGUAUUCGAGCCAGUUACGUUAGAAUCACUGCGCAGUGAGAAAGGCUUCCAAAAGGUGGCCAAAAAGCAAAACAAAGAGCUAGAUACGCUUAAGAAGAAACACACCAAGGAACGCAUGACCAUGCAGAAGAAUCAGAAUGCGGCUAUUGAUCGGCUAAUCAAGGGCAAAAGCAAAGAUGAAAUCCGCAACGACACCACGAUCAAGAACGCAAUCACCGAACAGACGCAACAGUGGACCGAGAUGAUUGCCAAACACAAGAAAGAGGAAUGGGAUAUGUUGCGGCAACAUGUGCAGGAUUCGCAAGAAGCAAUGAAGGCUUUAAUGCUGACCGUACAGGCGCAACAGGUGAAGCAGCUCGAGGAACGGCACGCGCGUGAUAUUAAAGACUUGAAUGCUAAGCAAGCCAAAACCUCCGCUGAUACCGCCAAAGAGGUGCAAAAUGAUAAAACAUUGAAGACGAAGAAUGAGAAGGAUCGACGAUUGCGUGAGAAACGACAAAAUAAUAUCAAACGCUUUAUGGAAGAGAAAAAGCAAAUCGGUGUUAAACAGGGACGUGCUAUGGAAAAACUCAAAGUGGCACACGGCAAACAAGUCGAGGAAUUUAGUACUGACGUGCAAAAGUUACUCGAUAUGUACAAAAUGGAGGAGGAGGCCUACAAAAUACAAGGCAAGUCUGAAUUCUAUGCCUAGGACCCAACUAUAACCGCAGAGCAGCCACUUUUAUAAUGUUGGUGUGCACGUGACAUGGUGAAGUGGUGGAAAACAAUUAAACGCUUACAGUGUAAGCCUGUCAUGGAAACGAAACGGCAAUUGGCAGCACUUAUGCGAAAGUUUAAAAUGCAAUCGAAUAAUAAGUAUUUAAUAUUUAUUUAAUUAUUUAUAGCAACUAAAGAGUAUAAAUUUAAAAUCAAAACAAAACAAGAAAAAAUCUAAAGUUUAGAACGCAAUUCUAUGUAAAACCUUUCAAAGCGAAUAUUGAAGAAAAAUUAUUUAUAGUAAAGUAACGUGAAAUUUCUAUAUAUUUAUGCAAAGGAUGAAGAUACAUGUUAUAUAUAAAAUAUAUAAACUAAUUUUAGCGUUAACUGAGAAAAAAAUAGAAAUUAUUUGUAAACUAGUGAAAAUAAGUGCAACUGGAAUGAAUUCGUAAUGUCAAAAAAAAAAAACCUGAUAAAACGAGUUUAGAGUUUAACACCGCAUUUUUGUCUAAGUCAAACUAGAAAAUUUAAAAAGAAGUCAACAUAACCUUAAAACAUGCAACAUAACAUAAAAAAUUCAAUAUAAACCAGAAAAAAUCAGGAUAACAUUAAAAAACAUUCAAUAUAACAUUUAAGAAGUCAAGAUAACCUUAAAAAAGAAAACAUAAACUUAAAAAAAAUCAAUAUAAACCACAACAGAACUAUAAAAAGUCAACACAUAAUUCAAUAUAGCCUUAUAAAGGUAAUAUAAACUUGAAAAAACAACAUAACCUUAAAAAAGUCAAUAUAAACUUAAAAAAUAAACAUAAAACCGAAAAAAUUAGCAUAACUUUCAAACAAGUCAAGAUGACCUUAAAAGAGAAAAAUGAAGAUAAAAAAUUAAGAAAAAACUUUAAAAAGUCAACACAAAAAUCAAGACAACCUUAGAAAAGGUAAGAUAAACUUAAAACAAUUCAACAUAACCUUAAAAAAGUCAACAUAAACUCUAAAAAUCAGCAUAAUAUUAAAAACCUAACCUUUAAAAAUAUCACGGUAGCCUUAAAAAGGAAACAUAAGCGCAAAAAAAUUAAAAUAAAUUUAAAAAAGUCAACGUAAACUCAAAAAAUCAGCAUAACAUUAAAAA